GCGGCCGCCCGGCAGCGCUUUCACGCCUAGCUGAGCCGCAGCAUCUCUCGCCCCGGGCCCGGCUCCUGUGCUGGUAUUUCGGCCUCGCUGCUCGGAGGAGCGCCGCAGGCGGAGACCGCAGAGCUGGGCAUCGCCCUUCUCGUCGGGGCUGGGGCAGGGGCUUCUCCCGGGAUUCGGCUCGGCUACCCCUGCCUUGCCGGGGGGCAGACAGACGCAGCCCGCUCCCUCCCUGCCUGCCACCCACCAGGCGGAGAAGCAGCCCCACUGCCCCCAGCACUGCAGCGAGAAUAGCCCCACUGGUCCCCGCACCCACCCCCGCGCGGGGCCGGAGGAGCCUCGACCGCCCCAUCACUCCCCUCACCCCACCCAUGAGAGGGAGCCGCUAACCAACCCCCUGACCCUCAGUGGGAGAAGUUGAACCAGCCCCCCCUCGCCAGUCACUGGGGGGGGGGGGAGAAGCAGCUCCCCAGUCACAAGUAGGGGAGAAGCAGCCCCCCAGUUACAGCGGAGGGAGAAGCAGCCCCCCCCCCCAGUCACCGGGAAGGGAGAAGCAGCCUCCCAGUUACAGGGGAGGGAGAAACAGCCCCCCCCCCGUUAUAGGGAAGGGAGAAGCAGCCCCCUCCCAGUUACAGGGGAGGGAGAAACAGCACCCCCCCAGUCACAGGGAGGGGAGAAGCAGCCCCCACCCAGUCACAGGGGAGGGAGAAACAGCACCCCCUCAGUCACAGGGAGGGGAGAAGCAGCCCCCACCCAGUCACAGGGAGGGGAGAGCAGCCGCCCCCAGUCACAGGGAGGGGAGAGCAGCAGCCCCCCCAGUCACAGGGAGGGGAGAGCAGCAGCCCCCCCAGUCACAGGGAGGGAGAAGCAGCCUCUACUCUCCCCCUCUCGUCAGUGGGAGAAGCAGGGUCCCCCCCCGCCGCGCCACAGGCAGAGGAGAAGCGGCAGCCCGAGCCGCGGCGGAGUGAAUGCGUUGUCAUAGUAACUGACAGAGGCAGGCAGCAGGCCGGCCCCAGCCGCCUCAGCUCCUCGGUGUGUGGGUGAGAGCAGGGAGCCGCCGCCAGCGCCGGGCGGACAGAGGCCGGGGGAGCGGAGAGGGGAGCGCCGGGAUGGAGGACGGAUUCUCCAGCUACAGCAGCCUCUAUGACACGUCCUCGCUGCUCCAGUUCUGCAACGAUGACAGUGCCUCUGCUGCAAGCAGUAUGGAGGUAACAGACCGCAUUGCUUCUCUGGAGCAGCGUGUCCAGAUGCAGGAAGAUGACAUCCAGCUGCUCAAAUCUGCCCUGGCUGAUGUGGUUCGACGUUUGAAUAUUACAGAGGAACAGCAGGCCAUGCAGAACAAGAAAGGACCUACCAAAGCUAGACCCUUGGUACAAACACUGCCUUUAAGGACAACUGUUAAUAAUGGAACCGUGUUACCAAAGAAACCAAGUGGCUCUCUACCUUCCCCAUCAGGAACCAGGAAGGAAACUGUGGCACCAGCCACAAAGAGUACUGUCAAAAGAACCAGCUCAGCUGAACGUGUGUCCCCAGGAGGUCGAAGGGAAAGCUAUGGAGAUUCCAAAGGCAGCCGCAAUCGCACUGGAUCCACCAGCAGUUCUUCUAGUGGUAAAAAGAACAAUGAGAACAAACCCAAGGAACCAAUGUUCAGUGCAGAAGAAGGAUAUGUAAAAAUGUUUCUGCGUGGACGUCCUGUUACCAUGUACAUGCCCAAAGAUCAAGUGGAAUCUUACAAUUUGGAAGCAAAAGUAGAACUACCAGCCAAGAGGCUUAAACUGGAAUGGGUCUAUGGGUAUAGGGGUCGGGACUGUCGCAGUAACCUAUACCUACUUCCAACGGGUGAAACUGUGUAUUUCAUUGCAUCAGUAGUUGUGUUAUACAAUGUUGAAGAACAACUUCAGAGACAUUACACUGGUCACAAUGAUGAUGUGAAGUGCCUAGCUGUCCAUCCUGACCGGAUCACCAUAGCAACAGGUCAGGUUGCAGGUACCUCUAAGGAUGGAAAACAAUUACCACCCCAUGUACGUGUUUGGGACUCUGUUACUUUGAAUACACUGCAUAUCAUUGGGAUGGGCUUUUUUGACCGUGCUGUCACCUGCAUUGCUUUUUCUAAGUCUAAUGGAGGAAGUAACCUUUGUUCGGUGGAUGAUUCAAAUGACCAUGUGCUUUCUGUAUGGGACUGGCAGAAGGAAGAGAGGCUGGCAGAUGUCAAGUGUUCUAAUGAGGCGGUAUUUGCAGCAGAUUUUCAUCCUACAGACACAAAUAUAAUAGUUACUUGUGGAAAAUCACACCUUUACUUUUGGACAUUAGACGGGAACUCCCUUAUUAAAAAGCAAGGAUUAUUUGAGAAACAAGAGAAGCCAAAGUUUGUCCUGUGUGUCACCUUUUCUGAAAAUGGUGAUACAAUUACAGGAGACUCAAGUGGAAACAUCUUAGUCUGGGGGAAAGGUACAAAUAGAAUAAGCUAUGCACUUCAAGGAGCCCAUGAGGGUGGUAUUUUUGCACUUUGUAUGCUGCGAGAUGGUACACUGGUAUCAGGAGGUGGAAAAGACAGAAAAUUAAUAUCUUGGAAUGGGAAUUAUCAAAAACUUCACAAGACUGAGAUUCCAGAGCAAUUUGGUCCGAUAAGAACAGUAGCAGAAGGGAAAGGUGAUGUUGUAUUGAUAGGCACUACUAGGAACUUUGUUCUGCAAGGCACUCUAUCAGGAGACUUUUUUCCAAUUACCCAGGGUCACACUGAUGAGCUAUGGGGACUAGCUAUCCAUCCCUCUAAACCUCAGUUUUUCACUUGUGGACAUGACAAACACAUUACUCUCUGGGAUGCUACCAGUCAUCGUCCUGUCUGGAACAAAAUUAUAGAGGAUCCAGCACAGUCUUCUGGUUUUCAUCCUUCAGGGUCUGUUGUUGCAAUAGGAACACUAACUGGAAGGUGGUUUGUGUUUGACACAGAAACAAAAGAUUUGGUCACUGUACACACAGAUGGAAAUGAACAGCUGUCUGUAAUGCGUUAUUCACCAGAUGGAAACUUCUUGGCGAUAGGUUCCCAUGACAACUGUAUCUAUAUAUAUGGUGUUAAUGAAAAUGGGAGAAAAUAUAGUAGAAUUGGCAAAUGCUCAGGUCAUUCCAGCUUCAUUACUCACUUGGACUGGUCUGUUAAUUCACAGUACCUUGUGUCCAAUUCAGGGGACUAUGAAAUCUUAUACUGGAUCCCCUCUACUUGUAAACAAGUAGUGAGUGUUGAGACAACUAGAGAUAUAGAAUGGGUUACUUACACCUGUACUUUAGGAUUCCAUGUUUUUGGUGUAUGGCCAGAAGGUUCAGAUGGAACAGACAUCAAUGCUGUCUGUCGAUCACAUGAGAGAAAACUGCUAUCAACAGGGGAUGAUUUUGGCAAAGUACAUCUCUUCUCUUAUCCGUGUUCACAAUUUAGGGCUCCAAGCCAUGUGUAUGGAGGACAUAGUAGUCAUGUAACUAAUGUAGAUUUUCUGUGUGAAGACACCCAUCUCAUCUCCACAGGUGGAAAAGAUACAAGUAUUAUGCAGUGGCGAGUCAUUUAGAGGAAACAUCGGUGUGAACACACACAGUCAUGAGAUGACCAUGCACAGAAGUUCUGUACAAACUGUAUAUUUAAAACUUAAACAGUACAUUUGCAGUUUAGCCUGGUCACUGUGAUUCUGUUUAAAAAUUCUUACAGACCUCAGGAAAAUUAAGCCCUGUGCUGGUUAUCUUACUCAGUUUAGUGAUUCAUUAGGUAUCACUCCUAAAGAAUGAGCUAUAUUUUUCUUUUGUUGUACAAUAUAUGCAGCAGUACAAGUUUAAUAUAAAAAAAAUGUGGCUUGAAAAUUUUCAAUACAGUGAUAUCAGCGGAACUGGUGACUAUCUUAACUGUUUUCUACAAACUCUACUAAAAUGGUCACAAAAAUGCCUUUCAGAAUACUGUAUAUACAUGCUUAAUUGUCUCACUGUCUACACUUUGUACUGUAUAUCUACCUAUUUAGAAAAAUCUAUGGCAACACUGAGGUUUCUGAUGGAUGGUGAUGAAUUCAUACUAAAGGAAUAACCCAAGCUAGAAGACACACAAUAAUUAACAUGUUAGAUAUGAAAAUGUGAAUGUUAGAAUUCAGUAAUUUGCAUUUUCUUGCGAAUAACAAAUCUUUAAAUUCCACCAAUGAGGAACUGCAUUCUCUUUCAAAUCAGCAGGUCAUACUCCAGUUUAACUUGAAUAUCUCAAAAGGGUUUAAAGAUGUUUAUCUAGUUCAUGUAUUCAGUGUAAGCUUAAAUUUAAAAAAUCUUUUUUACUUGUAUAUGAACAACUGCUUAUCAAAAACAAAAAGCAAAACUUGACCACAUCCCCACUAUUGGUUAAUAUAUUUAACUAAUAUGUAUAUUAAUCAGCAUGAUGCUAUAUUGUACAUGUAUAAGAUUUUAGCAGUUCAUUAUAAAUGGUAAGGCAGUCUAGGCUUUACUUUUUUAUGCUUAUGGAUAUUGUAUAUUUGUAUUUUAAGACCAAGUAGAUCAAGUCUAAAGAUAUCUUUUUAAAUGUACCAUAAACCUGCAGAGCGAAAAGGAAGCAUUGGAAGCCUACAUGAAAUAUUAAUGUGUAACUUCUGGCCCCUGUGUUUUGUGCAUGGAUGGAUAUUUAUAGUAUGACAUAAGAUUGUGUUUUGCAAUGAAGUAAUAGUGGAGGUGGUAUAAAAUGGUUAAAAAGGCCUUAUCAAUUUUGAUUGUGAAACAGAUUGAAAUUUAUUGUUUACCUUGAGGAAUGUAUCUAAAGAAUUUAAAAGAGCAGAAUAAUAAGCAGACUCUGAAAAGUUAAUAUUAAAGUUUUGCUUGUAAUGGACAGUAAACAUUUUAAUUCUCUGAACUCUAAAACACUGGUUGUUUGUUUAGAGUGGUUAAAUGAAAUGGAAUCAAUGAAUUUUGAAACCUUUUUUAUUACAUUGCCGCCUGCUAUACUGAAAGUGCAGGACAAUAAUAAAUCAUGUAUUAAAGUGCUUUGUUUUGAUGUAUCCUUCCUGUGCAAUUUAACAUAAAUUCAUUUCUAUAUUAAAGCUUUACUGUGAUCUGCUUUCACUUAAUGGGAUAAAUUUUUAAAUUCCAAACCAGAUGUGAAAAGAUUGUUGGGGAAUGAAAUCUGAGUUUGUGUAUGUAAUUAUUUGCAUACCUAUAGAGGAUGCUUUUGAAGAUUUGACCAAUACUGUGUUCAUAUAGGGGAAAGUCAAGAGGACCAGGAUUUCAAACUACAAGUUUAUUUAUUGAUUCUAACUCCUUAAUACAACAAAACAUUUCAAAGUUCUGCUGUUUAUUUCUGUACUUUCCUUAUAUUGUGGAAGAGAGAUGUUUUUCAUACAGUAAAUAUGAAUUUAAAGAUAUGAACUUAAAAGGAAUAUCAUCCCACAGUGGGGGAGAUGGUCUUUAUAUGCAAACUUUGCAGAUGACCCAUAUACAUGCUUAAGUUCUGUACUCUAAUUAUUAUCACUACUUUCCUCCAAAUUGAUGAAGAGGUAUAUUCAGCUUGUUUUCUGGGGCCACAAAAUUUCCAAACUGUUUAGUUACUAGGUUUGGUUAAAACAAACUCCAUAUGUCUGAAACUUGUCAGAUGACAACAUAUUAAAUCUCAAAAUCAUACCUAUUUUUACAAUACUGUUUUCCAAAACUCUAUGAAUAAAGAAAUGACAAAGAUAAG